AUGUUUAAGAAGAAGCCGACGGUCAAGCCUCUGGCCCCUCUGCGCUCAUCGGAUCGCCGCAAGACAGCCGACAGCAUCAUCGCCGAGUAUGACCUCCAACCAACAGCGAAGGACGAUACGAAGGUCAAAGACAAAGCAGCCGCCACUGCAGAAACGACCGCCUUGAGAAACGCCCUUCUGCCUGAUGGAGUGCAGACUGCAAGAUUCACAACAACACAUGGGCCCGACCUCAAGCAAGUCUCAGGCACUGUCUAUGUUGGAUCACAACCCGGAGAUGACGCCCGAGUACUCUGGUUCAAGAUUGAGGAUCGCAUGUAUCCCACCGUAUACACUCUAUGGAAACAACCCGGUAUUGUCCCUCUGCUACACACACCAGGCUUCGUCGUGCAGAAAUUGCAAGGUGGCGCAGACCUCAUGACUCCUGGUCUCGCCAACGGUCCUCCAUUCAACCAGAAGGCCACCAAGGGAGCUGUCGUCGCCAUUGCAAGUCUUGAGCAACCAUCAGUACCCGUAGCUGUUGGAGCUUGUCUGAUCGACAUCAGCUCGCUCGGUGCCGUCCAGGGCUCCCGUGGGCAUGCCGUCCAGACAAUGCACUGGGCUGGUGAUGAGAUGUGGUCCUACAGCAAUUCAAACAAGGCUGGCCUCAAUCCGCCAGAAUCUAUCCAAGGAUGGCUAGCCAGCAAGGGCGAUGAAGAGAAGUUGGUUGAGCAGGCCGCCGACCUGGAUAUCGACGAUGAUGACGAAGAUCAAGGGGGCGUCAACUUGGACAAGUCUCCUGCCGAACGGCCAGACCCAUCAGAAGGCCUAGGCGAGGAUGCUUCCGCAGAUGAUGGCCUCGUCGAGAAGGUUGAAAUCAAGGACAUGACCACCAAGGAAAUCGACGAUGCCUUCCGCAAAGCCUUCCUAUACGGUGUCUACCACUACAAGGAAACCAACAGCAACCAACCAAACUUUGGUCUCGAAUAUCCCUUGACUCAAUCCUUCGUCAUGUCAACCCUCGUCCAGCCCUUCCUUCCAGCAUAUACCCCCGAACAAGCAAACUCGUUGCAAAUAAAGAAGUCAAGCUACAAGAACAUCAAGAAGUUCAUCAAGUCUCUAGACAAGGCCAAGAUUGUCAAGACAAAAGAAAGAGACCAACACGAAACAAUCAUCCUCGACGUCGACUUCAACGACGCUUCCAUCCAAAACUUCACACCCUACCGCCUUCCCAAGAAAGAGACAGCAGCCGGCACAGCUCUCGGUCGCGGCAACAAAGCAACCUCCGAACUCGACACCUCUGACGCCUCAAUCGGCCAAAAGCUAGAAAAACUCCAAUACUACAAACUCAAAGAACGCAUGCUGCCACUCUUCGAAUCCGCAGGAGCAACUUCACACUCCCUCUUCACAGCCGCCGAACUCAAGCCCUUGAUAACCUCCUACAUCGAGUCCGAAAAUCUGGUAAACGCAAAGAACAAACGUCUAAUCACUCUCAACCCAACACUGGCGAAUGCAGUCUUCGACGGCAGCACUUCCCUAGACAAGGAAGUUCUUGCCAAAGGUUCAGUUCCCAGAGACGCCCUCAUCGACCGCGUCCUUCAAGCCAGCACACCCCACUACGCCAUCAUCCGCAACAACGACCCAACCACCAAACCCAAAUCCGGCGCCGCCCCGAAGAUAAAAAUUACCUUGGAAACACGCUCGGGCAACAAAACCGUGACCAAAAUCUCCGGUGUGGAAGUCUACUUCAUCCCACCUCAAGCACUUGCAGAUGAGUUGAGAAAAAUGUGUGCGGGAAGUAGUAGUGUGGAGCAAUUGCAUGGGAGUAGUCCUAAAGCGCCUGUUAUGGAGAUCAUGAUCCAAGGGCCGCAGAAAGAUGCCGUGUUGAAAGCGCUGGAUAAGAGGGGUGUCAGACCUGCCUGGGUGGAGUUUGUGGACAAGACCAAGGGAAAGAAGAAGUAG